UUGUGUUUAAAUAAUCUUAAAGUUUUGUCAUUCAUCAAACGUUAACAGUGUAAUUUUAUCAAGGAUAUGAAUUGCACAAUGCAAGACGAGAUUCUAGAAGAUAGUGAUAAAUCGAGCCCAUUCAGCGUUUAAGCAAUUAUCCGAGCGAUUGUACUUGAACGAAGCGGGGCGAGUAGGCGGAGUGAGCGUAUUUUUCGGAAUUCGGGCGCGGGCGGCGCUUGCGGCUCCAGUCGCACUCCACACUCCAUGCCCGACCACGACAAGUACCAGCUGCGACCGCGCGCCGCGCGCUCACGCGAGCCGCGCGCGCGCCGGGCGCCGCAACCCCUCAGCAAGUACAGGAGAAAAACCGCCAACGCGAGGGAAAGAAGUCGCAUGCGGGAAAUCAACCGGGCCUUCGAGACCUUAAGACAAGCCGUGCCUGCUGCGGCCAUCACCGGAACACCAGUACCUUGCGAGAAGCUAACCAAGAUCACAACUUUGAGAUUAGCUAUGAAGUAUAUAACAGCUCUCUCAGCCGCGCUCAGGGAUUCCAGUGAAGAGCCUACUCCGGACCCUUGGGCUUCCCCGCUUUGCUCGGAUUUAUCGGAGUUUUCAACGGAGAUGGAAAGCCGGUCGGAGUGCGCGGAAGAUUCUCUAUCCCCCUUCGAGACGUUUCUUGCGGAGUUUGACUAUGAUACGUACAUGGAGAGAACGUUCGCGUGACGUGAAGUGUUUUGUGAUGGACUGC